AUGGAGCAGUUCCAGGACGGCCACCACGUGCGGCUGCGGAGCCGCGAGCGCGGCACGUACCUGCACGCCGACGAGGACGGCCGUGGCGUCUCCCUCCGCCGGCCCCGGGCGUCGAUGAACGCCGCCUGGGCGGUGCACCUGUUCGAUGGCGCUAACAACGCCCAGUACGUGCUCCUCCACAGCGCCGCCUAUGGCCGCUACCUGGCGGCCAUGGACGCACCGGCGCCGCCAGGCCACCGCGGGCGCCGCGUCGAGCAGCGCAACUACGAGGAACGGGAGGAGGAGGCUGUCAGGUGGGAGCCCGUCAGGUUCGGCACCGGAGACUACACCCUGCUCCGCCACGUCACCGGCCGCUUCCUCCGCGCCAACGGGAAGUACCUCCCCUGGAACAACGGCGCCAGCGUCGACGACUUCGACAGCGUCAGCAGGAUGACGCACUGGGUCGUCGAGCGCAUCCCCGCCACGGAGGGCAUGCCUGAGCUCCCCCUCGCCGGAAGCCUCGACGCCCUGUUGCCGCGGCGGUGGAUCGUGUACGCCUCGGUGGACCACACCGUCUGGGCUGCGCUCGAUUUCAAGGGGAGGUCUGUGUUCCGCCUGAGGGGCGAGCUGGCCAGCCAGAUGGGCAUCAACGACGCCUCCAACCUCGUCAUGUGUGUCCAGGCGGGUACUAGCGGGCGGCCGACCCCACUCGUCGUCAACCUACCCCGCGGCAGCCGGACCCUUCACAUCGUCGUCGUCAUGGCCGGGGAGCCAGGCCCAGGUGAGAGCCCCAGCUUCAACUUGUGUAACGAAACUGUUAAGUCCCAAAAGCAGUUUACUGAAACUGCUGCUACUCUGGUUCAGUUAAGACUUGGGUCUGAAGCUAAUUAG